AUGAGCAGCCUCGCCAAGAACAUCAAGGUCCGCAAGUCGCAGGACAGGGGCCACGCCAACCACGGAUGGCUGAACACCUACCACACCUUCUCGUUCGCCAUGUACUACAACGCGCACUUCGCCGGCUGGUCCAGCCUCCGCGUGCUCAACGAGGAUCGCGUCACCGGCGGCGAGGGUUUCGGCGCGCACCCGCACAGCAACUAUGAGAUCUUCAGCUACGUGAUUUCGGGCAGCCUCAAGCACCAGGACACGCUGGACAACGAGGAGGAGAUCAAGCGCGGCGGGGUUCAGUUCACGUCGGCCGGCAGCGGCAUCAUGCACAGCGAGUACAACCACUCGCCCACGAAGCCGGUCCACUUCCUGCAGGUGUGGUUCAAGCCCGACCAGCAGGACCUCAAGCCCAGCUACCAGACCGUCCACUUCACCGAUGACGAGAAGCAGGGCAGGCUCUGCCUCAUCGUCAGCUCCAAGUACCACGGCGACAGCAACAAGAAGGACGACAACGACGACACCGAGAAGAAGGCGCCAGUCGUGGUCAACCAGAACGCGCAGGUCUUCGCGUCGCUGCUGGCCAGGGACGAGGCGGUGUCGUACAAAUUCGGCCCGGAGCGGUGCGGCUACCUUCACGUGUGCGACACCGGCGGCCGCCUGCGACUGAUCGACGACCGCAACGACGAGGAGCUCGUGCUCGAGGCCGGCGACGGCGCCUACGUCAAGGCCGGCACGCGCCUGCAUCUCGUCGGCGGCAACGACGAGGAUGACAAGCGAGUCGAGUUCCUCCUCUUCGACCUUGUCAAGGAGGAGAAGGACAGGGCGUGGUGGUAA